AUGAGGACGCAGCCAUUAGGAUUCUCAUCGCUGAAAAAGCCGUGCUGCUGCGGUAACUCAUCUGCCGGUACUCCGGUGGUGGGCCGUACUCCGGCGGGGGAAGAGCGAGUGGGGGGCCGUACUCCGGCGGGGGAAGAGCCAUCAUGCGGUGGUUUUCGGGCGGGGGCGCUUGGUAGUGGUAUUCCGGCGGCGGCGCGUGGAUCUGAUAGCGGCUGGGCGGCGGCUGGUGGGUGUAGUAAUAAUGGUCAUCGUGGCCGAAAUUCAUCCUCCACAUUCUGGCGUUGUGCAUCCCGUCCAAUUCCCCCAUCUGCGGCCCAAAUGGGCAGUGUCCUCUGGGCGGCGGCGGCGGCAACUGUCCGGACGGUGGCGGCAAUGGUCCGGACGGUGGCGGCAACGGUCCGGAUGGUGGCGGCGGUGGUCCGGACGGUGGGGGCGGCGGUCCUCCAGAGGGUGGUGGUGGCUGAGGAGAACCGCCGGAGGGUGGUUUUGGCCGUUUUGGCGAUGAAGGGGGCUUUGGAGGUGGGGCAGCGGAUUUCUUGCCGUGAGAAAUCUUAUGAGCUGUCCAUGAAAUGGUUAACCAUGAGAGAAUAUGCACUGCCCGGAAUCUCAAUAAAAAGAUCGUCAUCCAUUUCCUUACUCUUGUACUCAGAGUCACAGCCCUGGCAACAAAAUAAUACGGCGCUCAGAACACUGUGCGGUGGUGACAUCAGCAUGACAAGCAACACAGAGGGUCCUCAAAAAAGCACUAGAAUAGAACAGCACCUCCCCCUUUAUACACAGUAUGGUGUAACAUCAAUCAACCCAACCAAGUCGAGCGUACCUUGGUCCAUAGAACGAUUGUCUAGAACAGGGUUUCAAACUAACCUCUAUGCUUAUAAAGUUGCAGAACUAUCUAAUGGGUCUCAGAAAAGCCAUAACAAGCUUUCAUGCCAAGGCAAUUCGUCAUCUCAAUCAUGA